UAUAUCAACAGCAACUUGUAUAUUAUUGGCGGAACCUUACAUGGGAUAUGUUGUGCAGGUGUGCAGUUCUACAUUUCCCUUAAAACAGCCAGACUGUCAAUGAAGGAUGAACCAACUGACUCUAAACCAACUGCAGAUAUACACCAGAAUGUUUAAAGAAGUCGAUCUGAAUCAUGAUGGACGUUUAAACAAAUCCGAGGUCAAAGGCUUGUGUGUGGAGUUGGGCUUUGACUAUGAUGACUCCCAGGUGAAGCAACUGUUUUCGGAGCUUGACAAGGAUAAAAGUGGUGAUGUGACCUUGGACGAGUUUCUUGCUGCUAUGCAACCAAUCAAAAAAGAGAAAAAACGAUGCGCCACUUUCAGACGGAUGUUUAGGAGGAUGGACCUAAACAAAGAUGGCUUUCUGUCGGUAUCCGAGCUCCACCGGUCUCUGUCGUCUGCUGUGAAUGAGGGUGAACAGCCGCUGUCUGCACAAGAGGUCAAGGACAUCAUAGCCCAAGUUGACGUCAAUGGCGACGGCAAACUGGACUAUGAAGAGUUUCUGUUGCUGAUGAAGCCUUGAAGUUUGACUGAAUGUCAAUCCUUCAUGGCCAAGUCGGAUAAUGGAACAGGCCAACCCACUAAUAACAGUAGCUAUUGACUAUUGUGCAUGUGAAAAGCAAAUAUUUGACCUUAACGACCUGUUUAAGUCGUUCCUUAAAAUUUGUGUCUUGGCAAUAUUAUAAUUAUAAAAUAAUUAUUGUUGUAGAACUUCUAACAUCAGAAGGACCUGUACCGAUUCAGGUGAACCAAUAAGGAUACCAAUUUAGGUAAACUAUGAGCCAUAAAAGGACUUACUUAAAAUACGGUUAAAUAUUUGUUUUUGAUUUGCACAAUUGACCGCACGCUGGACUGUUAUUGGAUAUGGGUUAGAUAGGACUGCGGGUCCAAACUGGCUGCCGAAAAAGGAUACACACUGGAUCCGUGACGACACAUUGGUUGAAUUAGUGUCGGAGAUCUAAACCUUAUUACUUUUCCAUGCAAUAAAAUAAUACAUAAGUC